AUGAGGGAAAUGAUGCACCGCGUGCCGUGUUUACUGGUUCUCAUGCUUUGCUGCGCCUAUGGGUGUGUGUCGACUACUCCAGCUGCCACUCAACCUGUACACCAACGAUCUGGUCAACAAUUCCGUGAGCAAUCCGAUCUUUAUCCAGGUGUGCGUGGUAUGAAUUCUGCUGGUGACUCCGGUAUUGCUGGUGUUGCUACUAAUCCACCUAAGGAAAAGAAUAAGAACACUCCUAACGUGAGUGUUUCUGUCCCUGGUUUAAAUGAAGCGGCCACUACUACUACUGGUGUUCCUUUUCCUGGGUGUACUCUACCUGAGUCGGGUAACGUCGUUAAUGGAAGAAUCACUGGUAAGGACGGUGUUACUUGUGUUCCUGCUGUUCCUGGCUCUGUUCCUCCUCUUCCCAGUGGCCCGUCUCCAAAGCCUGAAGACGUCGAACGUAAUCUAAGUCGUACCGACAAGAAAGUCCCCCAUUCUAAUGGUGAACCACUUCAAUCAGAGUUUCAUUCGCCCAAAGGUACUGGACUUAAACCUGAUGUUCCACCCAAUGCUUCUAAAUUUCCUCACGGUUCUAAAUUUCCCGGUGUUUCUGGUGCUGUUCCUAUUGUUCAUAAUAAACCUGAUAUUCCUGAAUAUCCUGGUGUGCCUGAAGCUGCUCUUCAUGUUGGUAAUGGCAGCAGUGAAGCGGGUCGUGUUCGUUUUUCUCGUCCUGUUACUCAUGCCACGGAUGCUCAAUCCCACAGUAAUACAGAUUCCUCAGAUACUGCAAGCACUCAAACUGAAGAGAACAAUAAUCAAGCAGAGACUGCUGCAGCACCUUCAACUAAUGAGGUGAGUGGUACUUCUGCACAGAGUGCACCAACAAGGAACACUCCCAAUACACCCACUAAGGUGACUCCACCCGCAAUACCAACAAUACUGCAACCUCCUAUGCCUCCAAAAAGCGAGACCAAACCACCCAAGAAGCGUAAGGCAGACAGCAGCAGCAUCAGUUCUGUGUGGGUACGUGUGCCACUACUGAUUGUGGCUGUGUUGGUCUCCGUUACCGUGUACUGA